AAUUGUACUUUUGUCUUUGGGUCUCGCGAAUACAAGCACUCCGCAAGUAAAGUUCCUGUUGUGCUCUGGACUGCCGCUAUUGAAGUCUUUCUCUUGUUAUGUAAUCACUCGCCUUUUCUAUUGAAACGGCGUUUUAAUUUGCCGUCGCUUAGUCUUCAACAUGGAUGCCUAUUACGGAGCUCCCAUGCCACCCGAGAAUGAACCUCAUGCUCCGCCACAACCUGCAGCACCAGCUCCUUGGGAAUACGAAACUGGAGUACCAGCAGCAGCAGCAGUAGCUCCAGCUGAACAUCAUGACAAAAACCGAGGUGCCCCACCUGCAAGUUAUCGUUCAUCGUAUCAGCAUUAUGAUCCACAUUACGCUUCUGGUCCAACAGUCGCCACAAGCCAUGCACCAAACUCUAGCAGUCAAGGCUACUAUUCUCAGUACGCUCCUCCCAGUUCUGAUCCAGCUGCCCAUGUUUCUGCAGGCCACGCAUCAGAUCCACAAGCUGCUCAUCGUCCUUCCCAGUCCGCUAGUGAAAACCACUUACCUUGGAGUCAGCCUGCACAUGCUCCUCCAGAAUAUCAUGGCCCGCCAGGUCCCUCCGCUGGCAGUAGAGGUCCCCCUCCUGGAGAGUCUUCUCAUCCUCCAUACGACGGCGCUCCCUCGUCUUCACAGAAAUCGCACUACUAUGGAACUUAUCCCGACAAGCCACUCAAGCCAUCACAAUCGCCUGCAUCAGCCAGCAGGCCACCACCGCAGGCUGCUGCAGCAGUGCACAGUCAUGAAGCUGUUGCUGGACAAGCAGCAGCAAGUGGAUCUAGUGCGGCUCAUCCGUAUCCACCAUCAUCUAAUGCUGGUCAUUCUACAUCAUACCCACCGUCAUAUGGUUAUUCUGGUAGCACCCCGUUGCAUGCAGCUGCCAUGUCUCACUCUUCAUCUCGUGCUGCACCACAACCAUCAAUGACUGCGCAUUCUGGUGAGCAUAGCAAAGCAUACAGUAAGGUGCCACCAGCAGCAGCAAAGGCAGCAGGCAGUGUGCAUGCUGGUGACCAUGGUGCAGUGCAUCCUAGACAUGCUGCUGGACAUACUGCUGGACAUAUUGGUGACCACGGUGCAGCACAUCCUGACCAUGCUGGUGGACAUACUGCUGGACAUACUGCUGGACAUGCUGGUGACCAUGGUGCAGUGCAUCCUAGACAUGCUACUGGACGUGCUGGUGACCACGGUGCAGCACAUCCUGGACAUACCGGUGGACAUACUAGUGACCAUGCUGCUGAACAUGCUGCUGGACAUGCUGGUGGACAUGCUGGUGGGGUGUAUGGCAAGGCAGAAGCUGUUGCACGCUCUGCUAGCAAUACUGCAUCAUCCUAUGGCAGGCCGGCGCAAUCUGCCACUGCUACAUCAGCAACGCAUAGCCAGCACCCAAGUGCCUAUGAAACCCCGCGGCGACCACCCAAUCCAGGCCCAUCUGGUCCAGGUGGUAUCUAUGACUUCGGCAAUUCCCCCCUUCGCCGAUCACAAGCGCCCCACCCAGACAAAGGGAGAAGUGAGCAGCAACAACAACGCCAAGCAUGGAGGGCUGCUGGUCCUAGCGAUGUGCCUGUGGAGCGAGAAAGGGAGUCACGUGAUUCUUCUCGGCCACCAGCUUCCUAUUCAUCUGUACCUCCACCUGGGGCAUCGGCACCUGAUGGUCGACACAAUGCUGAGAGGUAUAGUGCAAGCAAUCGAGCAGCAAGUUCUGCUGCCCAUCCUGACUCGGCUGCUCCAGGGUCGUCUCGGCGAAGUUCUGCAGCUCCGAGAGCUGCAUCUCCGGUUGCAACACCGCCGCGUGGUGUCGUUGCUGGCCCUCAAACUGCUGCUGCUUCUAAUGGUAAUAAGUCCAGUCCAGCAGUUGGAACUGCAUCGGCAGCGGCACAGAUCGCCUCUGCAAAUAGGAGUGCUAUCAGAUCUUCCUUAUUGCAGAAGUUAGCAUUGGGAGCAGGUGAUCAAGUGGGCUUAACUGGAGCUCAGAUUGACCAAGUUGUGCAGGUUGUCAAGCUUCUCAAUACUUCUGGGGACUCUAGCUCGGGUGGUGCUCUCAGUGAGUUCACAUCAUCAGAAACCGCUAGUUCAUCUCUUCCAACCGCUCGCUAUGCUGACAAGACACCCAUCCACACUGAUAUAUCAUCAUCAGAAUAUGGUGUUAGUCUGCUGUACCCGAAAGGAGCUCCUCCACCUCUGGUGCCAGUGCCGAGUCACUUGAGGAGAGUUGCAGAAAGUGGUGACUAUCUUCACUUCCAUCACUUGACAUUUAGCGCCAUGCAUCCCGCUGCUGCAGUGCGCCUAGCUCAGGAAGAUGCAAAGGAUCGCACUGAUCAGGAUGUUUUGCGAUCUGAUGGUGUCAGCAACAUCAAGACUAUAGCUGCUUGGCUGCUGUCGUGGAGCCGCUUCAUGCGCUGCCACUUGACCAAACAUCCUAGCCGUGCUUUGGAGAUGAUACGCUACCAAUCCUUCGUUGUAGAGAUGAGCACGCGUUAUAGCACACCGGCUUGGCUGAGUUAUGACGCUGCUUUCCGUCAGGUGCUAAGCCGGCAGCCUGAUGCACGUUGGGAUCGGCCAGAUCCUGAGCUUUUCCGUAUCUGGUUCACCGAGGAGCGCCAGCGUACAGCUCCAUUCGACAGUGACCUUCAGCAGUCCACCCCGCAAGUUGUUGGCGCACUUCCUCAACCUGCUGCUGCUGGUGUUGCUUUCCCGCCAUACCUACCUCCUGUCUUGCCACCACCACCAGGCAUAAUGCCAUUCCCAUCUAUGGUGGGGUUGCCACCAUUGCCUGGUCACAGUGCUCAGGCUGCAGCUGCAGCAGCUGCAUUGGCUGCUGCCCAGUCAAAGAAAGCAGCGAUGGCUGCAGCAUCUGCACAGUCGUAUAAACCCUUCACUGCUGUUCCAACUACAUCAUCUUCUGCCUCAAACGACAAGACAGCGGCUGCUGUUGCCUCGAGUACAUCGUCCUCUCAGAAAACUUCAACAACUACGCAUUCAUCUGCACCUGGAUCUGUUUCUCAGAAUCCAGGUCCAGCGUCGAAAAGAGUGUCAUCACCUACAUCUGACAAGGGCAAAAGCAAGACUGUUCAAUCCGCACCGACUGAUUCCGCAGAUGACAGGCCGCUGCAUUCAGCAGGAAAUUCAUCCCGUAGUCGCUCACCGUACACGUCGCGUUCAGCGAAUACUCGACAUGUCGACACGCACUCGUCACAUCCCAAAUCAGAAGAUGUCAACCAUCGUCCUUCAGAUCAUCCGAGUCAUGGAGAACACCCUCACAGAGGAGCCUAUUCCUCUUCUGCAGGUGGAGGUCGCAUGUCUUCUGAGCGUCCGAGGCGGCCUGAAGAUCAUCGUGAUGAUCGUCGUGACGAUCGUCGCGAUGACCGUCGUGAUAACCGUCGUGACGAGCGUUAUUACGCUGGUGCUCCACCUGCACAUCAUGAUUGGAUUGAUGGACGUUAACAAUCGUCUCCUUUUUUUUCUCCCAUCGUUUCAUUUGUACCUGCCAUUUGUCCUCUGCCUGCAUUUACCUAGUACGGUAUGCAAUGAUAUGUGUAUGUGUGCAUGGGCACGCGUGUAUCUUCUGCAUGUCUUUAUAGCUUGGGUAGAUAUUCAUUCAAGCCAGUGAGUGAGUGUGUUGUCGUUUUCCAUACCUUCUCCUUGUGAUAUUCACGGAUUUUAUUUCUCUCUCUCUCUCUCUCUCUCUCUCUCUCUCUCUCUCUCUCUCUCUCUCUCUCUCUCUCUCUCUCUCUCUCUCUCUCUCUCUCUCUCUCUCUCUCUCUCUCUCUCUCAUCUAUUUGCUUUCCUUUGGGCUAGCGAAUAGUUGAAUAGGAGACAUGUCCACAGUAACCCCAUCACCACCACACACGCCUUGGUUGUCUUGUCUUCUCUGUGGUUUAUUGGUUGCAUUGUUUGCAGACGUCCUUUCAAGUCUGAACUUUGUCAUAGCAAUUGCCAUAACUCCAGUAAUCUUUCUUCUAUUUGGCUAUCAAUGUUGAACACUGUACCUGGAGUAAUCAGUUCAAUUUGCUGGCCUCUGUCCUAUUUUGCCUGUAAUUAUUGCUUGUUGAUUUGUUUGGAUUGUCCCGGCCAGCUUGUACAUGUAGCUGGUUCUGCACUUAUUGCCACACAAUGCACUAUGCUUUGCCGCAGCAGCAGCAGCAGCAGCGCUGGUUGCUUAGUUUUUAUUAGGCCCUGUAUCUAGCAAGUUUGAUGCAUGGAACUCACAACUGCCCUUGUUACAUUCAAUUUUCCCUUAUUACUUGUAUUGGAUCUCCAUCUUGGCUUGUAUUUGCUGGGAACCAUCCGUUUUUUUCUAUUGGCCCAUUCUGUUUGGAUCCAUUUGCUUCUAUCUUUGA